CGCGCAGGCGCAGUACGAGGCCGGCGCCGGGGGCCAGAGCUGGAUCUUUGGUCGCUGCCGGCAUGUCGGGGGAGAGGGGCCGAGCUCGGAGCUCCACGCUGGGGCUCGCACUCUGCGCGCUGCUCUCGGCCCUCGCCCUCACGGCCACGGCCACGGCCACGGAGCAGGAGUCGGUCACCUGCGGCUCGGUGGUCAAGCUGCUCAACAACCGGCACAAUGUCCGCCUGCACUCGCACGACGUCAAGUACGGCUCCGGAAGUGGGCAGCAGUCUGUGACUGGUGUGAGUGUUUCGGAUGACAGUAACAGCUACUGGACGGUGAGAGGAAAACCGGGCCUGGUUUGUCAGCGCGGAAUACCGAUCAAAUGCGGACAACCUAUACGACUAACGCACGUCAACACUGGAAGAAACCUGCACAGUCACCACUUUGUGUCGCCACUCUCUGGAAACCAGGAAGUGAGCGCGUUCGGUGAGAAUGGAGACGGGGACGACCUGGACGUGUGGACCGUGCAGUGCGGCGGCACGAGCUGGGAGCGGGACGACGACGUUCGCUUAAAGCACGUGGGGACCCAGGCCUUCCUCACCAUAACAGGCGAGCAGUACGGCCACCCCAUCAGGGGUCAGCUGGAGGUCCACGGCACCUUCAGCCCCAAUGCCAACAAUUACUGGACGGUCAUGGAAGGUGUCUUCAUCAAGCCCAGCGCCGAGCCACUCAAGCACGACGAGCUGUAGGUUUAUAUAAACAAGACCAUUUGGGGAAGUGAGACCAAUGAGAAAUCGUUGCAUUCUUUGCAACCGACAAUUUACUUUUUACCCUUUCUUGACUCCUAGUCUGUACAGUGAAACUCAAUUGUACCGAUCUUUUCUACAUGUUAUAUUUCUAGCAAAAUGGAAGUAUAUUUAAAAGUUCUAUGUAAGCUGGAGUGUACGUGUUCAACUUAAUUCCCUUGCUCUACUUUUCAGUAACAAGUUACAGACUUGCAAUGAAGUACUUACUGGUGGUGCAUUUUUAAAGUCGUCUGCAUGUGAAUGUUUCAAUCUCCAUUUGUUUUUUUUGGUCUUUGUUCUUCAAUUUUUUUUUUCCAAGAAUCUAGAAUCAUUCUGCAGAAUAAUUACUUGAAGAGUUGAAUUCACCUCCAGCGAGAAUAAAAAAAACUGGCCUUAAAAAGUG